AUGGGAUUGCUCAGAGCUCUCUUCACCGCGGACGCUCGCGCAGCCUGUGACCCCAAAGCGAUGACGUCGAGGCAACCAAGACGAAAUCCUGGGCUUCCCUGCUCCACAAGAGACACGCCACGAAGAGACGGGGACGCAGCGAAGGAGGCCGCGACGCGGAGAGGCGAGAGAGAAGUGAGAGGCAAAGGAGGCCAGGCACCCAGCAGGCGGAAGAGCGACGAGGAGACAGAAGGACAGGUGAGGCGACGCGCAGUACAAACGACCAAAGGAGGAAGAGCCAGAAAAGAAAGACUGACGACGGGAGAAGAAACAGCCGCAGAAGCGACGAGCGAGAGCCUAGAGCCCGAACGCGGAGAGGCCGUAGGGCGCGAGGGGGGAGACGCACAGAUUUGGCCUGCUCCAAGAAGGUGA